AUGCGGGUAGCUGUGGCGCUUGUGUGUUGCAUGGUGUGGAUGGUGGUGUGGGGCUCUGUGGCAGGCAGGGUGGAGGCCGGCAGGGAGGAGGUGCGUGCUGCGUCGUCGCCGCGUGCCGACUACGGCGACAUGCUUCCUGGACCGUACGAGGACGUCAGCGAUGGGGGUACGCGCGGCAACGACGACAACGAUUCUGGAAGUGGCGGACACGGGCCUGGAGUGCCGUAUAACCACACGGUGGAGGUGCUGGCGGCGGCAGGCUUUGAUACGACUGCGGUGGAGCACGCGGCGGCGGUCGAGGGCGGCGACAAGAUGGAGGCCGAGUUUGACGUCGCCACCUUUCACCAUGCGCCGUACUCGUGGCGGGCGGCUUGGCGCGGACAUCGUGUGGUGCUGGACAACCCGGUGAACCACUUUACGAUCCAGGAGCCGAUCGGUGGCUGCCGAGAGGGCUACGGUGGGUCGCGCACGUCGGCCAACGCGCGGGCGCGGCAGUGCAAGGUGGCGACCAACGCCGGGUUCUUCAACACGCAUACGCACGCGUGCCUGGGCAAUCUGGUUGUGGAGGGCAAGGCGGUGCAGAUGCCGAUGAUUCAGAACGUCAACUUUGGCAUCACCACCGACGGGCGGUACGUGGUUGGCUACCUCAACGAGACGAUGGCGGCGAGCUACGAGUGGCACACGCUGGUGGCCGGGGUGGUCUGGCUUGUCCGCGACGGGCAGUCGUUCGUGCGCGUCUCCGAGGCGGCGGAGAACAUGGCAACGCAAGAGUCUGGCGGCGGGUUUGUCGGCCUCCACGCUGCGCGCAUCGCGCUCGGGCACGACGCCAACGGCUCGCUGGUCAUUGUCCACGUCGAGACCGAGCCGGGCAUUGAUCUUUAUGACUUUGCCGACCUGCUGGUCGACAUGGGCGUGGUCAACGCCAUCAACCUCGACGGCGGCGGCUCGGUCUCGCUCUACCAGACCGACACGCUGCGCAACUACGUGACUGACGCGUGCACGCCCGGGUCAGACGACAAGUGCGAGCGGCACGUGACGUCGAUCACGUGCGUCCACGACGCGCCGGUGCCGACACCUUCCCCGCCGCCGCGCCCGCCGCCGCCGAGCCCGCUCGAUCCCAAGCGCGACGCCGUGUGCGCGCUCUACAACUGCGCCGAGCUCCCGGGCCCGCCGGUCGCGCCGGACGGGAGCUCGUGGUCCGCCGCGGCGGUCGUCGGCAUGGUCAUAGCGUUCUCGCUCCUUGCUGCUGCAGUCGGUGCCGGUGCUGGCUGGGCGUCGGCUCGGGCGCGGUCAGCGCCGGGCGCUAGCGACGAACGCGGCGACUUUGGCGAAACGCCGCUGCUGUCGGUGACGCGGGCCGGAGCGCGCUACGACGUUGCUAGCAGCAGCAGCGAGAGUCUCGACCUGCUCGCCGACGUGGGUCCACGAUCGACAUCGUCGCGAUCGGCGUCGGGCAUGGCUGCUGUGCCUCCGCUGCAUGCGCCGCCAUCACCAGUCGGCUCGCUGUCGACAGCAGCCGCAGCAGCCAACUGAUGGCUUGAGCCGGGGUACGCAAACUAAUGCGCAAACUAUUGUGGGCUAUUGAUGGCGGGUCAAACUAUGUCGAAAGCAGAAUAAAAGGACUCGGUCGCUG